GAUAAUGUCCUCAUCCUUCUCUACUCUUCUUGUAUUGCAACUCUUCACAUGAUUUUUUUUUACUAGCCAUGGAACAAAGUAAUGACACCAAAGUGACCGAAUUCAUUCUUCUGGGAUUUUCCGGACAGCACAAGUCUUGGCAUAUUCUGUUCAUAAUAUUUUUAAUGAUCUAUGUUGUCUCACUCAUGGGUAACAUUGGAAUGAUCGUACUCAUCAAAAUUGAUUCUUCCCUCCACACGCCCAUGUACUUUUUCCUACAACAUCUAGCCUUUGUUGAUCUCUGCUAUACCUCAGCUAUUACUCCCAAGAUGUUAAAAAACUUCACAGAGACAAAAGCAUCCAUCUCCAUCAUAGGAUGUAUGUUACAGCUACUAGCCUAUGGUACUUUUGCAACCAUAGACUCCUUCAUCUUAGCUGCUAUGGCUGUGGACCGCUAUGUGGCCAUCUGUAACCCACUGCGCUAUCCCAUAGUCAUGUCCCAGAGGCUGUGCAUUCUGCUGCUGGUUGGUUCAUAUACCAUGGGCUUCCUAAAUGCUUCUGUAAACACAAGUUUUACAUUCUCACUGAACUUCUGCAAAUCCAAUGCCAUUAAUCACUUUUUCUGUGAUGAGCCACCCAUUCUUGCCCUAUCAUGCUCCAGUAUUGACUUCAGUAUCAUGCUACUGACAGUUUUUGUGGGGUUCAACCUGGUGAGCACUGUGCUUAUUGUCAUCUUUUCCUACACAUAUGUCUUGUCUGCCAUCCUAAGGAUGUCUUCUGCUGCAGGAAGGAAAAAAGCCUUCUCCACAUGUGCUUCCCACCUGACUGCAGUCACCAUUUUCUAUGGGACUCUCGCCUACAUGUAUCUCCACCCUCAUACCAAUGACUCUCAAGAGCAAGAAAAGGCAGCUUCUGUAUUUUAUGGCAUAAUUAUUCCCAUGUUGAACCCCUUGAUCUAUAGUCUGAGAAACCAAGAUGUAAUAGAAGCCUUCAAAAAGAUAGUAAAGAAAUGCUUAUAAUAUGAACAUCUAUUUAUAAUUCAACAAAGCUUAUCAAGCAAGCUAUUUCUGAACCCCAGAUAUC